CAUACCCGCGCGCACUCACACACAAACACACACACGCGCGCACACACACUGGGUCUCCAGGCGGCGGCCGUGUCCGCAUCCCCGGCAGCAGCUCCAGGCAAAGUGACAGGAAAAGACAGUUUCUCUGUGAUAUGGAAUCCUGAAAUGUGAUCUUCUUAAAAAGAGGACAGCGCUGCAAGCUUGACUAAGUAGACAUCACUUGCAGUUGUUCCCUAGCUGCCUGGUGAGCUGCCUGCAGUGCCUGUGGCUGAUUUUCUUCCGGCUUUUCUGUGAAGAGAGGGAAGAGACACACAGCCCGACACUCUUCCAAAAACAUCUAGAACCUGGAACCUGAACUCUUCUGGUUUUGUCUUGAAUGUCUGCCUUGUUUCCCCAUGAUUCCAACAGUGACCAGUCCUGACUAAUUUCCAGGGGCAGUGUUGGCUACCUGUAAAAAAUUACACAACCUACAGUGAUUCCUCCUGCUGCUUAAUUCAUCCAUGGUGAGGCUCUGUGAACUAUGACAUGUUUCCUGACAAGAGUUGAAGGACUAGCAACAGGAAAAUCCUAUUAAGUAGGUUAAAAAAGAAACCCCUCUACUUGGAUAUGGGCUUUCAAAUCAAUUUAGAGGGUCUUGAGUACAAUCAUGGCCAAACCUUAUGAAUUUAACUGGCAGAAAGAAGUUCCUUCCUUUCUACAAGACGGAGCAGUUUUUGACAGAUAUGAAGAGGAAUCCUUUGUGUUUGAACCCAACUGCCUCUUCAAAGUGGACGAAUUUGGCUUCUUUCUGACCUGGAAAAGUGAAGGCAAGGAAGGACAAGUGCUAGAAUGCUCGCUCAUCAACAGUAUUCGGUUGGGAGCCAUACCCAAGAUCGCUGUAUGGCAAGAUGGCAUAAAGGAAGUUUUUAUAUUUUUAUUACCCAAAAUGGAUAAAGACUGCCUGAUCAAAGCCACCGUAUUUGACUCCUACACAUUUGCUUACCAAGAAUACUUUUCCUUUCUCUUUCAGCAAUGGAUAGAAGGCCUGCGAUCAAUCAUACACAACUUCAGGGCCAACAACGUCAGUCCAAUGACAUGCCUCAAGAAACACUGGAUGAAAUUGGCAUUCAUGACCAACACAAAUGGCAAAAUUCCAGUUAGGAGUAUUACUAGAACGUUUGCAUCGGGGAAAACAGAAAAGGUGAUCUUUCAAGCUCUCAAGGAGUUAGGUCUUCCCAGUGGAAAGAAUGAUGAAAUUGAGCCUGCAGCAUUUACGUAUGAAAAGUUUUAUGAACUAACACAAAAGAUUUGUCCUCGGACAGAUAUAGAGGAUCUUUUUAGAAAAAUCAAUGGAGACAAAACUGAUUAUUUAACGGUAGACCAAUUAGUGAGCUUUCUAAAUGAAAUUUGUAUCUUCACAAUCACAUAUUCUACUAGGAUAUUCUUUUUUCCCCUAGGCCUCAUAUCCAGUGAUGGGUUUUGCAGAUAUCUGAUGUCAGAUGAAAAUGCCCCAGUCUUCCUAGAUCGCUUAGAACUUUAUCAAGAAAUGGACCACCCUUUGGCUCACUACUUCAUCAGUUCUUCCCAUAACACCUAUCUCACUGGCCGACAGUUUGGUGGAAAGUCUUCGGUAGAAAUGUACAGACAGGUUCUCCUGGCUGGCUGCAGAUGUGUUGAACUUGACUGUUGGGAUGGAAAAGGUGAAGACCAAGAACCAAUUAUAACUCAUGGAAAAGCAAUGUGUACAGAUAUCCUUUUUAAGGAUGUAAUUCAAGCCAUCAAGGAAACUGCAUUUGUCACAUCCGAGUAUCCUGUUAUUCUCUCCUUUGAAAAUCACUGCAGCAAAUAUCAACAGUACAAGAUGUCCAAAUAUUGCGAAGAUCUAUUUGGGGAUCUCCUGUUGAAACAAGCACUUGAAUCACAUCCACUCGAACCCGGCAGACCCUUGCCAUCCCCUAAUGACCUCAAAAGAAAAAUACUCAUCAAAAAUAAACGGCUGAAGCCUGAAGUUGAGAAAAAGCAGCUCGAAGCUUUGAAAAGCAUGAUGGAAGCUGGAGAAUCUGCUACUCCAGUUAACAUCUUAGAGGAUGAUAAUGAAGAGGAAAUAGAGUGUGCUGACCCAGAGGAAGAAGCUCAUCCUGAAUUCAAAUUUGGCAGUGAACUUUCUGCUGAUGACUUGGGUCACAAAGAAGCUGUUGCAAAUAGCGUCAAGAAGGUUUCAGAUGAUCUUGAACAUGAAAAUAACAAAAAGGGCCUGGUUACUGUAGAAGAUGAGCAGGCAUGGAUGGCAUCUUAUAAAUACGUAGGUGCUACCACUAAUAUACAUCCAUAUUUGUCCACAAUGAUCAACUAUGCCCAGCCUGUGAAGUUCCAAGGUUUCCAUGUGGCUGAAGAGCGCAAUAUCCAUUACAACAUGUCUUCUUUUAAUGAAUCAGUCGGUCUAGGCUACUUGAAGACACACGCAAUUGAAUUUGUGAAUUACAACAAACGGCAAAUGAGUCGCAUUUACCCCAAGGGAGGUCGAGUGGAUUCCAGUAAUUACAUGCCUCAGAUUUUCUGGAACGCUGGCUGCCAGAUGGUUUCACUGAACUAUCAAACCCCAGAUUUAGCGAUGCAAUUAAAUCAGGGAAAAUUUGAGUAUAAUGGAUCGUGCGGGUACCUUCUCAAACCAGAUUUCAUGAGGCGGCCCGAUCGAACAUUUGAUCCCUUCUCUGAAACUCCUGUUGAUGGGGUUAUCGCAGCCACUUGCUCAGUGCAGGUCAUAUCAGGUCAAUUCUUAUCAGAUAAGAAAAUUGGCACGUAUGUGGAAGUGGAUAUGUAUGGGUUGCCCACAGACACUAUACGUAAGGAAUUCCGAACUCGUAUGGUAAUGAACAAUGGUCUCAAUCCAGUUUACAAUGAAGAAUCAUUCGUCUUUCGGAAGGUGAUCCUCCCGGACCUGGCUGUCUUGAGAAUAGCAGUGUACGAUGAUAACAAUAAGCUGAUUGGCCAGAGGAUUCUCCCACUGGAUGGCCUCCAGGCAGGCUAUAGACACAUUUCCCUUCGAAAUGAAGGAAAUAAACCAUUAUCACUGCCAACCAUUUUCUGCAAUAUUGUGCUUAAAACAUACGUGCCUGAUGGAUUCGGAGAUAUUGUGGAUGCAUUGUCAGAUCCAAAGAAAUUUCUUUCAAUUACGGAAAAGAGAGCAGACCAAAUGAGAGCUAUGGGCAUUGAAACUAGUGACAUAGCCGAUGUGCCCAGUGACACUUCCAAGAAUGACAAGAAAGGAAAGGCCAACACUGCCAAAGCAAACGUGACCCCUCAGAGUAGCUCUGAGCUCAGACCAACCACCACGGCGGCCCUGGGGUCUGGCGUGGAAGCCAAGAAAGGUAUUGAACUUAUCCCUCAAGUGAGGAUAGAAGAUUUAAAGCAGAUGAAGGCUUACCUGAAGCAUUUAAAGAAACAGCAGAAGGAGCUAAACUCUUUGAAGAAGAAACAUGCAAAGGAGCACAGUACUAUGCAGAAGUUACACUGCACGCAAGUUGACAAAAUUGUGGCACAGUAUGACAAAGAGAAGUCGACUCAUGAGAAAAUCCUAGAGAAGGCAAUGAAGAAGAAGGGAGGAAAUAAUUGUCUCGAAAUGAAAAAAGAAACCGAAAUUAAAAUUCAGACACUGACAUCAGAUCACAAAUCUAAGGUCAAGGAGAUUGUGGCACAGCACACCAAAGAGUGGUCAGAAAUGAUCAACACCCACAGUGCUGAGGAGCAAGAAAUCCGCGACCUGCAUCUCAGCCAGCAGUGCGAACUGUUGAAAAAGCUGCUAAUCAACGCUCAUGAGCAGCAAACUCAGCAGCUGAAACUGUCCCAUGACAGGGAAAGCAAAGAAAUGCGAGCACACCAGGCUAAGAUUUCUAUGGAAAAUAGCAAAGCCAUCAGCCAAGAUAAAUCUAUCAAGAAUAAAGCAGAACGGGAAAGGAGGGUCAGGGAGUUAAACAGCAGCAACACUAAAAAGUUUCUGGAAGAAAGAAAGAGACUUGCAAUGAAGCAGUCCAAAGAAAUGGAUCAAUUGAAAAAAGUCCAGCUUGAACACUUAGAAUUCCUAGAGAAACAGAAUGAGCAGGCGAAGGAGAUGCAGCAGAUGGUGAAAUUGGAAGCCGAGAUGGACCGCAGACCAGCAACAGUAGUGUGAAACUCCAAAAUGCAAACUGAGACAGCAAAACUACACAGCAUCAGAACAUCCCUCCCAAACUUCUGAACACAAAUUCCAUGGAAAAAAGCAGUUUUCUUUUGUGUUUCUUUUCCGUGUAAACAAGAUGUUACCUGAAAACAUAGACACUUGGAAUGACUUACAUAUUUCUGUUUAACACUUCAAGUAUUGAAUUUUCUUGGUCAACCAAAAGUAGCUACAAAUCCACAAAAAUUGAAUAUUCCAAUAAGGCAGAGUUUAACCAUUGAUAAUACAACUUGAACAUGUUUGCUAUAAAAUACCAUCACAAGUAGGCGAGCUUUGUAUUAACAAUUCUGCUUCGUGAUGCAUUAGGACAUGUUUGAGCUGCAGCAAAAAUAGUGCAUCGGCAAUUUAAUAGCAAGCACGUGCACUAGUGAAAAAGAAACCACAGCAACAAAAACUCUGUCUACAAAUUCAUCAGUGGAAGUAGUGG